GCAACUCCCGACCUGUUCUGUCGUCGAGCUGCCCUGCGGCCCGACAUUCGCUCACCACUCGCGCUUCUGAACGGACGUGUCUUCGGGUCGAAUCAAAUAAUCAUCUUUGACGGGAAAAAUCAGAAACAGAAACAGAAUCAGAAUCGGUUGAAAGUUCAAAAACUCCGCCAUUUCGCUGUGUCGCAUUUUCAAUUGAAUUAAAUUGAAUGCAAUUUGUGAGCCACUAACGAGACUGCAAAAUGUUUGUCUAACUCGCAUUGAGGAAUCUCUUGCUCGUAGAUUGUCGCGUGUUUGUCGAGCUCCGAGACUCUCUCCAUAAUCAACUCCAAUCGAAACCAUAAACAAAGAAGUGUCACCCAAUCCCAUCCGAAAUGGCUGAUGAAAGUCUGCACACAAUGCCGCUGGAGCACAACAUAGACUAUCACAUUGUGACAUUGUUCGAGCGGCUCGAGGCGAUGCGCAAGGACUCGCAUGGGAACGCCACCAACAACCGGCUCUCCAGCACACUGCAGGCACCCAAGCGGAGCAUGCAGGCGGAGAUUCGCACUCUGGAGUUUUGGAGAUCCAUCAUCAGCGAGUGCCUGGCUUCGUUCCUGUACGUGUUCAUCGUCUGCGGAGCCGCUGCGGGCGCCGGCGUGGGUGCCAGCGUCUCAUCCGUGCUUCUGGCCACAGCCCUGGCCUCCGGCCUCGCCAUGGCGACACUCACGCAGUGCUUUCUCCAUAUCUCUGGCGCCCACAUCAAUCCCGCUGUGACUCUGGCCUGCUGCGUGGUGCGCAGCAUCUCGCCCAUUAGAGCCGCCAUGUACAUGACCGCCCAGUGCGGCGGAGGCAUCGCAGGAGCUGCUCUGCUCUACGGGGUCACCGUGCCUGGCUACCAGGGAAAUCUUCAGGCAGCCAUCUCCCACAGCGCUGCCCUGGCCGCCUGGGAACGCUUUGGCGUGGAAUUCAUCCUGACAUUCAUGGUCGUGCUCUGCUACUUCGUGUCCACCGAUCCCAUGAAGAGGUUCAUGGGCAACUCUGCCAUGUCCAUCGGUGCCGCCUACAGUGCCUGCUGCUUUGUGUCGAUGCCCUACCUGAAUCCGGCUCGCUCCCUGGGUCCUUCGUUUGUGCUCAACAAAUGGGACAACCAUUGGGUCUACUGGUUCGGACCUUUGGUGGGCGGCAUGGCCUCCGGCUUAGUCUACGAGUACAUCUUCAACUCGCGCAGGAGCCAGCGCCACGCCAAGGGCAGCAUCGACAACGACUCCAGCUCCAUUCACUCCGAGGACGAGCUGAACUACGACAUGGACAUGGAGAAGCCCAGCAAGUACCAGCAGUCGCAGGGCACCUAUCCGCGGGGCCAGCCCAACGGCAACGGAGGAGGCGGUGCCUCGGCCGGACAGCACGCGGCGCCCAACAUGGGCCAGAUCGCGGGAGUGGUGGGCGCUGUGCAGGGCAACUACUGCCAGAACCUGUACACUGCUCCGCCGCUCUCCUCCAAGUACGAGCAGCAGCAGGAGCCGCUCUACGGCGGAACUCGCUCCCUGUACUGCCGCUCGCCCACUCUGACGCGCAGCAACCUGAACCGCUCCCAAUCCGUCUACGCGAAGAGCAACACGGCCAUCAACCGCGACAUUGUGCCGCGUCCUGGUCCGCUGGUGCCGGCCCAGAGCCUCUACCCCAUGCGCACCCAGCAGCAGCAACAGCAGCAGCAGCAGCAGGCAGUCACCGCCGCCCAAUCCUCCCACCUGCAGAACCAGAACGUACAGAACCAGAUGCAGCAGCGCAGCGAGAGCAUCUAUGGAAUGCGGGGGUCCAUGCGCGGACAGCAGCAGCCACUCCAACAGCAGCAGCAGCUCCAGCAGCAACAGGCUCCCGUGAAUGUGCAACAGCAGCAGCAACAGAUGCAGCCACCCCCGCAGCUGAUGGCCGAGCAGCAGAACCACCAGCAGCAGCAGCAGCAGCAGCCGCAGGGCUUCCAACCCGUCUAUGGCACUCGUACGAAUCCCACGCCCCUCGAUGGCAGCCACAAGUACGACAGGCGGGACCAACAGCCGCAGCAGCAGCAGCAGCAACAGCAGCUGUACGCCAUGACGGGCCCGAGGAAUCGCGGCCAGUCGGCCCAGUCGGAUGACAGCUCCUAUGGCUCGUAUCACGGAUCGGCAGUCACUCCACCGGCGCGUCAUCCAAGCGUAGAACCGUCACCGCCUCCGCCGCCCAUGCUCAUGUAUGCCCCGCCCCCGCAGCCGAAUGUGUCCCAUCCACAGCCCAUCCGCACCCAGUCGGAGCGUAAGGUGAGCGCCCCCGUGGUGGUAUCCCAGCCAGCCACCUGCGCCGUCACCUACACAACAUCGCAGGGAUCCACGCCAACGCCCCAGCAACAACAGCAGCAGCAGCAGCAGCAGCAAAUGAUGAUGCAACAGCAACAGCAGCAGCAGCAACAUUAUGGAAUGCUACCGCUACGGCCCAACUGAAAGCGGCUCUCGUGGGGUCCUGUGACGACCCCGCCGCCAGCCGCAAUGCACGCCCUCGCGCUCCACCCCGCGGGCACCAUGACCCUGCACAGCUGCAGCCUAGCCAAGCAGAGCAGUUUGUUUUAGUUGUAGUCGUAGUCGAUAUCGAUAUCGAAGAGAAGGGGCAUGCAUCCAAAGGAAAUGUACGCGAAGUCUCAGCCCUUAGUCUAUCCUAAUCAUAGUUUAGCCAACUCCGACGUAUAGCCAGAAUAGAUUGUAGAAUAUAUUGUAUUAUUCCGAGCACCGGAGCAAUGGAGCACCGGAGCACCACAGCACCAGAGCACCAGAAGGAAAGGAACUCUCACCUAGCAGCAGCAGCAGAAGAAGAAUAGCAGUAACAAUAGCCAUAAGAUACUUAUAUCCGAAAACUGUUGUAAUCGCGUUCCAAUCGGAAUCGGAAAAGGUUACACAUUCAUACUAGACUGAAAGCCUUGCACCUUGAAGAAGUUUACUUAUUUAAUGUUUCUUUUUUUGUUGUUUGAACAACUAUUGUGUUCUGUUUAGAUCAUCCGAUUCUUCCAAUUACAACGAAUUCGUUUCAGUUUCAAUUUUCGUUUUCUUUUUUUGUAGAAGCCAAAAUUAUGUUUAAUCUGAUUUUCAUUUGUAUAUAAACUAUGUUCGGUAUAUUCCUGUAAAUGGUAGGCCAUUAAGCUUAGAAGUAAGCUGAUCUGAUCUGUAAGCUGUAUCUGUAUUUAGUGAUAAUUAUAAUAGAAUAUGUAUGUGACCAGGCUUGGUAGUAUCCUCAGAAUAACAAUGCAAAUAUAAAGUGUAUAAAAGACA